AUGGGUGGUGGCAAUCAAACUAGCGUUACAGAAUUUAUUCUUAUAGGAUUUUCCAGUUACCCUGAGCUUCAAGUACCCCUUUUCAUAAUUUUCUUUCUUGUUUAUACAAUAUCUCUGACUGGAAAUGUCCUCAUCAUACUUGUCACAACAGUAGACCCUGCACUUCAUAGUCCCAUGUACUUCUUCCUCCGAAAUCUCUCUCUCUUAGAUAUUUGUUUCAAUUCAGUAAUUGUUCCAAAAAUGCUAGGUGAUCUUAUUUUGCAAAAGAAGACCAUUUCAUAUAUAGGCUGCUUCACACAGUUGUAUUUCUUUUUUUUCUUUGGUACAGUUGAGUGCUGCCUUCUUGCUGCAAUGGCAUAUGACCGCUAUGUUGCCAUUUGUAAUCCAUUACGCUAUCCAGAAAUUAUGAACAGAAAAGUAUGUUUUCAACUAGCUGCAACCUCGUGGUUUUUAGCCUUUCCUAACUCUACUGUAUCUGCCGUCACUGUUUUUAGUGUGCCAUUCUGUGGGCCUAAUGCAGUUAAUCAUUUCUUUUGUGAUAGUCCCCCACUGUUAGAGUUGGCUUGUGCUGAUACAUACAUUGUUCAAAUUGAGGCUCUCACAACUACUGUGAUAUUCAUAGUGUUUCCUUUCCUCCUUAUAUUAUUCACAUACGUCUGCAUCAUUAUUGCCAUCUUGAGAAUGUCCUCAGCAGAGGGGAGGAAGAAAGCCUUUUCAACAUGUUCAUCUCAUCUUCUGGUGGUAACCUUAUUUUAUGGCACAGCUAUAUCUACUUACUUCAACCCCAAGUCAAAGUACUCUCCAGACACAAAAAAGUUUCUUUCCCUCUCCUAUACAGUCAUCACACCAACAUUAAACCCUAUUAUCUACAGUUUAAGAAACAAGGAGGUCAAAGCUGCAAUGAAAAGGAUAUUAUAUCAGAAAAUGUGUAGAACAAAAUAA